AUGGAUGCAAGAGAUGGUGGAUUCCCAAUCCCGGAAGGAGGUGUACGAAAUGACCCUCGUCUCAGAGGAAGAUUCAUGCAGUAUCGCAGGCCACGUGCAUUCCCACCUAUGCGUUUCGUUGCCAGGUCACCGUCACCACCGAGACCCUUGAACCCCAAUCAGCUUCCACUAACUACCCCUAGGAACUACCGUAACCGUUAUUCCGAACAGCACCCGUGGGCUAUCUUCAUCUGGCCGCGCUCUGUCGAAUUCCUGCGAAGGCUACAGUUUGAGGUCGUCUUAAAACUCUCUCCGGAACAAUAUCGACCUUUGGGAAGCGCCGCUUACAUGUCCAGGAAAUUUGCACGAUCGCUGUUUGCCAAGGCAUUUCGACGGGAUCGCAUGAAGCCAAUGCCUUUUAUCGAACUGCAGCACAUUGAAAAUUCCAUCGACUUUCGCAGACGGUCUGAGCAGAUUCUGAGGCAAGUGUGCAGUGGCAAUUACGAUGAUGAAGACAACGCGUACAUGAUGCGAGAACCGGACGGAUCCCAUGAGACUUCUCUAGUACCGUUAGAGUGGAACAAUAUCUAUCCAGUUUUGUACCAGGCUCUAGCCAAUCCCGAUGAGACACUGAAGAAUUCAAGGUUGCCGCGAACAACUGCAUUAACAUCAAUGUCGUCGCAGUUUUUCUUUCGUGUUGCCUAUUUCGUAUUUGUGACUCCCCAACAACUAGACGAGAAGAUCUAUGGUAUCGUACUUCGCGUCCAAAAAUUUGGAAAAAGGACCGUGUCAUUCAAAGCCGUUUUUGAAGGCUUUCCGGAAGCGGUGCCUGUGACACCUUCGAUAUGUGCGUUCGAUAUCGAAACGGUACGAUUUGAUGAAAUUCUUAUAGCGGAAUCUCGACCGUACGUUUCAUGCGCCGUACGCUUUUCGGAGCCACCUGUGUCUCAAGAAGCGAGAGAUUUUUUGUGCGAAGAAAUACGAGAUCUUCUUCCCAUGGAGCCGUACCAGGGCGUCGUCCCACUGCAAGUUUACCGACUCAACAAAGAAGAGCAAGAUUGGUUGCGGGAUCGUGCUGGCCGUUUUGAGAACUUUGCCUUGCAUCCGAAGGACUCCAAGCAUAGGAUGACGAAACUUUUGAAUGUAGCGAGCUCCGCUCUUGGGGCGAAUGCUAGGCUAAACGAAGACCGUUUCUGCCAUCUAGUCGAUGCAAUCAUUCCAAACAGCUCAGCAUAUCCAAUGUGUCUCACCUUCAGGCUUUUCGAAAUGACUAAUGAAGCUGGAUGGACUAACAUGAGAGCCGUUAUCAUUCAUGUAAUUGGCGCAAACUUCAUCACUUGCGCUCAGGUCCGUGCUGUAGAAUAUCGAGAAGACGAGCGGAUGCUUAUAAUCACCAUCUCUGCAUUCCACUGGAACCACAGGCGUUUGACACGUGCCGUUACCCAGCACGCCGUUGAUGGACACGUUGAGAUUUGCGUCAAAUUGGGGCCGCAGUCUACGUCCUCCAACCCGAUCUACGACAUUAUUUCACGUACCAGCGUCUUCGAACAGCUAAGCCCUGGGAGCCGCGGAGAUGAGGCCAUCGAUGCUGGUUACGGACGUGGGAAGAUGAGUUGUGCAAACAAGGACGACCCCGUCAUGUACGAUCCGGACGAUGGUGAAGUUGAGUGUGUGGUAAAUGGAAGGAGAGUCGAGCUCACUCUAGAACAACGUCGGGCUGUAGCACUUGGUCUAAGCCGUUAUCCACUGGUUGGAAUCCAGGCAGCUUUUGGGACAGGCAAAACUCUAAUCGGCGCUUUGAUAGCAGCUACAUCGGCAACGAGUGCACCUGUGAUUGUAGUAGCGCAAACUAAUGCAGCGGUUGCUCACUUCACAAACAUUCUUCUUUCAAUCGGCGGAAAAGCAGCGUUUCCUGUGCGCUAUUUGGCCGAUACAGCAGCAAUGGAAAACGCUCCCAGAACACCAGUGGAUUUGAAUGUGAUUCUAAAGCAAAUGGAUACUCAGUACAGUGACCAGAUGGAACCGGAGUUGCUGGAAUUAUGCCGCGAGUUUCGUGAAGCAAGAGAAUUGAUGGAGAAGAACAUCAAUAGCCCCGACUUUGCUCUGCAAAUGACGGAAGAAAACAAGGAAGAGUACAUGAUCGCGGACCGCUUUGUAUCGCGUAACAUGAAGAAAAUAGUUCGACUUAUGUUUCGCCUGCGGAAGCCGAAGAUUCUUCUCGCCACCGUUGCUUCCAUACUGAACACAACAGCUUCUAAAGGGCUUCUUAAAAUGCACGUUUAUCCGUUCAAACCGAUGCCUACCCGAGGUAAGAUGCGAAUCCAUUGUCUGGAAAAUGUCGACAAAGGAUUGCAGUUUCUCAAAAUCAGCAUGUGGAUUUGGAAAAUCUCGGUAGUCAUGACAUUGUCGACGGAAAUCCACGCCUCAUUCUCUGUCUUUUUGGGCCAUUAUUUUUUCCAAAUCCAAGAUAUCACCUUUGAAGACGCCGAUAACCACGAAACCCGUUUCGCUAAGGAAGCGUUACUACUUUGGUGCCAGAUGAAAGCACUGGCUAUCCGAAUGGAAAAUGUAUUGAAAAGGUGUGGUACAGUCGAUGUCAAUUACGAACUCCCUUUCGCAUGGGAUGUACGCAUGCGCAACGCAAAGGCCCUGCGCGCGGACAAGGCAACAUUGAACGGUAUAUUGCCGAAGCCUACCCGCGGUAAGAUGCGAAUCCACUGGAAAAUGUCGACAAAGGAUUGCAGUUUCUCAAAGGUCAGCAUGUGGAUUUGGAAAAUCUCGGUAGUCAUGACAUUGUCGACGGAAAUCCACGCCUCAUUCUCGGUCUUAUUUGGACUGUUAUCCUUAGGCUCCAAAUCCAAGAUAUCACCUUUGAAGACGCCGAUAACCUCGAAACCCGUUUCGCUAAGGAAGCGUUACUACUUUGAUGUCAACGUACGCGAUCCCGAUGAAAAAUCCAUCAUUUCCUAUUUGGUCGCCUACUAUCACUACUUCAACAAGUUGAAGCAAGAGACUAUCCAGGGAAAAUGUAUUGAAAAGGUCAUCAAAGAGUUGAUGGAGAACGAGAAAAUGAUCAACAAAUAUGAGACAAUCUCCUCCGAUCUUCUUGAAUGGAUCAAAGAAAAGAUUGAGAACCUCAACGACAGGACAUUUGCCAACUCUCUACAGGGAGGAAACCUCCAAAGUUCGAAGAAAAAGGCAAGCUUGAAGUGCUUCUGUUCACUCUGCAAUCAGCAAUGCGAGCCAACUCAGCGUCUAUUUCCUCGUGAGGGCAAACUCAUUGAAGACAUAAAUAGAGCAUGGAACACUUUGCAAAAGGCCGAACAUGAACGUGAACUGGCGGUGAAGGAAGAGUUGAUUCGUCAAGAGAAACUCGAACAGUUGAACCAACGUCUUGUCAGCCAGGAUAACUUCGGAUCUAAUCUUGCUAGUGAGGCUGCAAACAAGAAGCACGAAGCUAUUGAAACCGACAUCUUUGUUUACGAAGAGCGUGUUCAGGCAGUUGUUGCUUUGCAGCUUCCAUGGAAUCGAGGAGAUCAACCGGAAAGAGAAUCUGCUCAAGCUGUGGAAUUACCUCUUCCAGCUUCUUCUUGCUUGUCGUGUUGUCUUGAACUUCCUAUGGCUAUCCAACGCAUUUUCCACGACGUGCUUCUUACCCUCGAUCUCAUGGACGAUCAAGGCAAGAAAUCAACUGUUUUUGCCUCGUCGAUAAAGUUAAUUUGCUUUGACAGAGCGUUUUCUUUGACGAUCUCGGAGCUCAUCUUAUGGAUGUGGAAGACAAUGCUCCAGAAGCACGCCCUUCUAGAAUCCGCCAUCAACAUCAUUGGUGAACGAGUGCGAAAUGCUGUGGGGCAGGCUCUGCGGUACCAAGAGCUCCUUGAUUUGGCUGCACGCAAACGUCGUCUUGAAGACAACCGCAGGUUGUGCCAGUUCUGGUACUCAGCUCAACUGACACCAACGCUUGGAUACAAUUUUGGUGAUAUCGAGCGAUCGGAUAACAUUCGAUUUCGCAUUCAAGAAAUCCGCGAUUACCUGAAGAAAUUGCGUGAUCUUGCCUCUGCCAGGCAUGAGCGUCUCAACGGAGGUGUCACUACUACCAGUUCUUCACCCAUGUUGAUGAUGUCGACGCUUACUUGCUUGAUACACUUCAUGCUGAAGCUCCCACCUGAUGCUCCUAAACUCCGAAAGCAACGUCUUGUUGACGCCUUGUCGCUCUACAAAAUCUGUGCCGAUGCUGACUCGGUCGAAGCCUGGAUUGAUGAGAAGUUAAGGGAACUGUUGGCUACUCUUAUUCCUGAAAAAGACCUCGAGGGAGAGACUAAGGUUGACACUGCCAACAAACUUGCACGUCAGCUGCUCCAUGUCGAACAUCCAAACUCAGACAACAUCCUUCAAUGA